AUGAACAUAGCCUUGAAGAACUCUUCAUCGAAGGCCGCACCACUAGUGAUGAGCCUAGCUUUGAUCCAAGUCAGACGCGGCCUAUUAUGGUAUCUCCUAUUCCGCCACGGCAAUCUCGAAAUUCUUCUGCCUGCUCUUGAGAAACUGCGCAUUGAGAUGAAUUACGAAUAUGAUUGGCUGAAAUUCUUCUCUUUUAUCCCUGUUUAUGAGAGAAAUUUUGGCACUUUCAAUGAUGAUACAGAUCUUGAACUAGAGGAGCUGAGCGAUUUCAUCUGUGAAAUUGUGAAGAAUAAAGAUACACAAUGCAUAGGACUACGUGAGGAACGCUGUGCUGAGGUAUUUGAGGCUUGCAAAGCAGCCAAUGUCCACAUUUCUUAUAAUGGCCAUGGCACGGCGCCAUGA